GCGCUGACAGCGCGGCCUGAGGCGGCGCCCGGCCCGGCCCAGCACCGCGAGGCCUCGGAGCGCCGGGCCCGGCUCCCGGUGCGGCGGUGGCGGCGCCUGGCGCUGGCAGAUCACCCAGAAGACACAAUGAGUGUUAAAGCUUUCAAGCUCGUUUCUGCUGUAGAGCGGGAGAUGUUAAUGGGAGACAAGAGUUACAUCAACAUCGAAUGCAUUGAGUGUUGUGGGAAGAACCUCUACAUUGGAACCAAUGACUGCUUCAUCUAUCACUUUCUGUUGGAUGAAAAGAUCUCAACAGCUGGAAAAGUAACUUUUGUUGCCACCAAGCAACUGCAUAAAUACUUGGGCUUGAAGAAGCCUGUGAGUGAAUUGAAAGCAGCCUCUGCCCUCACCAGGCUUCUUGUGCUUUGCGACAACACAAUAACACUAGUUAACAUGAUGAACUUGGAACCUGUCCCCACUGGUGCUAGAAUCAAAGGAGCUGUGACAUUUGCAUUAAAUGAAAACCCUGUGAGUGGGGAUCCUUUCUGUGUCGAAGUCUGCAUUAUCUCCGUCAAGCGGCGGACCAUUCAGAUGUUCAUGGUGUUUGAAGACAGAGUCCAGAUUGUGAAGGAAGUGUUUACUCCAGAGCAACCCUGUGCUGUGGCUGUAGAUGGCUAUUACUUAUGUCUUGCACUUACUACACAGUAUAUUAUUUUGAAUUAUAAUACCGGCGUUUCCCAGGAUCUGUUUCCUUAUUGCAGUGAUGAGAAACGGCCAAUUGUGAAAAGGAUAGGCAGACAAGAAUUUCUGUUGGCUGGCCCCGGAGGCCUAGGCAUGUUUGCAACUGUAGAUGGCAUUUCACAGCGUGCCCCUGUGCAUUGGUCAGAGAACGUGAUUGGAGCAGCGUUGUGCUUUCCUUACGUGGUUGCUCUGGAUGAUGAGUUCAUUACAGUGCACAGCAUGCUGGACCAGCAGCAAAAGCAAACACUGCCUUUUAAAGAAGGUCACAUUCUACAGGACUUCGAAGGAAAGGUUAUUGUUGCUACUAAUAAGGGUGUGUAUAUCUUGGUGCCGCUACCUUUGGAAAAACAGAUUCAAGAUCUUCUAGCUGGCCACAGAGUGGAGGAGGCGCUUGUUCUAGCAAAAGGAGCUCGAAGGAAUAUUCCAAAAGAGAAAUUUCAGGUAAUGUACAAACGAAUCCUGCAGCAAGCAGGUUUUAUACAGUUUGCACAGCUUCAGUUCCUUGAAGCAAAAGAGCUCUUCAGAAGCGGCCAGCUUGAUGUCCGGGAGCUGAUCUCUCUCUACCCCUUCCUGUUGCCUACUUCCUCUUCAUUUAUACGGUCUCAUCCCCCUCUGCAUGAGUACGCGGACCUAAACCAGCUGACCCAAGGGGACCAGGAGAAGAUGACAAAAUGCAAACGAUUCCUCAUGAGUUACUUGAAUGAAGUCCGCAGCACUGAGGUUGCAAAUGGCUACAAGGAAGAUAUUGACACAGCAUUGCUCAAGCUGUAUGCAGAGGCAAAUCAUGAAAGCCUGCUGGAUCUGCUAGUUUCGGAGAACUUUUGUCUCUUAACAGAUAGUGCUGCCUGGCUUGAAAAGCACAAAAAGUAUUUUGCCCUUGGUCUCCUGUAUCACUACAACGGUCAGGAUGCAGCAGCACUUCAGUUAUGGGUGAAAAUAGUUGAUGGAGACAUUCAAGAUUCUACACGUUCAGAUCUCUAUGAGUAUAUAGUAGACUUUCUUACCUUCUGCUCUGACCAAGAUCUAGUGUGGAAAUAUUCUGAGUGGGUUUUACAAAAAAAUGAAGAGGUUGGCAUACAGAUUUUCACUAAAAGGCCUUUGGAAGAACAGGAGAAAAACAACAUUAAUCCAGAUGAUAUAAUCAGUUGCCUUAACAAAUAUCCUAAAGCACGUGUUAAAUAUCUAGAACAUCUGGUAUUGGAAAGAAAAAUAGAGAAAGAGAAGUACCAUACUCAUCUAGCUGUCUUGUACUUGGAGGCAAUACUUCGGCUAAAAUCUGUGACCACAGAUAAUUGUACAGAAACAACUGAACUUCAGUUUAAACUACGAAGUCUUCUUCAAAAAUCUGAUCUUUAUAGAAAACACUUCAUUUUGGACAAAAUCCAGGGCACAGACCUUCAUAUGGAAAGUGCAAUUUUAUAUGGAAAACUAGAAGAACACGAGAAGGCUUUGCAUAUCCUUGUCCACAAGUUAAAGGACUUCCAUGCUGCUGAAGAAUACUGUAUCUGGAACUCUGAGAGCAGAGAUGUGCAGUACAGACGGCGGCUUUUCCAUAUGCUGCUGACAGUGUAUCUAAGUCCAGGCACUUCAGAUUGUGCACUAGCCAUGGCUGCUGUGGAUCUCUUGAAUAACCAUGCUGCUGAAUUUGAUGCAGCUCUGGUUUUGCAGCUGGUGCCUGACAGCUGGUCAGUGCAGCUCCUCUCCCCUUUCCUGGCUGGAGCAGUGAGGCAAAGCAUUCAUACAAAAAGAAUGACUCAGGCUGCGCUUGGGUUAGCACAAGCUGAAAACUUCAUCUAUGAACAUGAGAAGGUUAAACAAAAAGGAGCCCCAAUUCUUCUUUCAGACAAGAAGGUCUGUCAGGUGUGCCAAAAUCCUUUCUCCGAGCCUGUAUUUGUAAGAUACCCAAAUGGAGGUCUGGUCCACACACACUGUGCUGCAAACAGAAAUCUGAAUUCCAACAUGACUCAUCACUUUUCUAGCUCCAGCAAUCAGACUUGAAAUCUGUUCUGGUCCCACUCACAGGUUCCCAUGACUUAUACCCCAUUGAAAGUGGGCGGAAAAAAGGAACAAAGUGCAGCUACUUUAGGAAUAAAUCAAGAACAACAACUAGUCUUCGGGUUAAUGGGAAGGCUUCCAGUCAAUAUGUAAUAUUGCCACUUAUCUCUUUGAUUUCUAAUGAAUGUAGAUAGAAGAUUCACUACCAGAAGUGAAGAGGUGCGAAUAUAGGCUCUUCUGUAUAUAAUAAUAAACAGUUAAAGAAAAUGAGCCUUUUCUUCACAGUAAGGAUGAAUGUUACGGACACAAAGCAAACAGUUAUUUUAAGAAAUGUCACUUUGCACUGAAUAUGGUGUUGAUAAAUUUGUAGAGGUGGAGAUGGCAUUUGUUGGAGUUCUCAGAACAAGACUGACAUUGUGCAGCUUACUAUCAAGGCAAAAAUGUGCAUUGGUUAUAAUGUUUGCUGCAGCAUGUCCUCUUUUGAGCUGGAUUCUCUUCCCCGGGAUCACAUUAUGAACUUGAUUUUUGCUCUACAAAUUGUUUGCUUUUGACGCACUUUUUAUUACUUCCUCCCCCCUCCUCUGCUAUAUAGAAUUUAAAUGUAAGCACUGGUCCGUUAGGUUUCUAUUCCUACAGUUACAGGAAUAAACUGAGUGGAAGCUGAUAUCCUCAGUCACACAGCUGUGCUUGGAAGAGAAACAGUUGGAUUGUCUGGUCAGACUGUAGUCACUUUUUUAUGGGGGAAGAGACCUUAACUUUAAUAUUGAUUUAUUUAUUAAUAUGCAAAUAUAUUGUACAUACAGUUGAAUAAAUUGAUCUUAUAUCAUUCUAGAGUUUCUUUGGAGGGUAAGGAUGUAGCUGAUACAUAAGUGUACAGGUUAUGUGCUAAAUGUUUGCUAUAACGUAACUUAGGGCAGAUUGGAACUCCACAAGAAUAAAGAAUAGGUUUUAGUACUUGUUGGGUGACUUUGUGCAAUCAAAAUCACAGAAAGAACUUACAGUUGGGAAGGAAUCUACAAAGGUGCACUACAGGGGUAUUGCCUUUGUUAUAUUCUACAAAACAUUCAGUAAACUAAAGUUUUUCAAAUAACAACAAAAAACCCUUUACUGAACUACCUGGAGAAGUAUCCAGAUUGCUAUUCAACCAAUUUGAAGCAAUCAGUUUAAAAGAAGCAGCUUCCCACAAGACAUGGUCAGAAGUGACAACUUGAAAUAAAGCUUAAAUAUUUUUAACUCAAAGCAUUUAUUUUGAUUCUGUAAAACUCUAAUAAAUACCAAGGUUACUGACCAGAGUGCAGCUGAGUUAGUGCACUACUCACUGUUUCAGCAUUCUAAAUCAGAGUGGAGACUCUCAGCAAAAUGGGAUGUCUGUGUGGUGUCUUCUAGAUGCAGUCUAGGGAGAGGUCUCCUGUUAGGGAAAGGUUGGCUUAUGAAAGAGCAAUGUAAGCAUAGUGCUACCUCUGGGAAGGGGCAACCAGACUAUAUCCAGGGGGGGAAAAAAUACCCAUGUCUUUGACUUUGAAGCAGAAGGACCUUUGGAUCUUUUCUCUGAGUUUGAAAUUAGAAAAGUAUGGCUGUUCCUUUGGGUUUUAAAAAACAAAUAAAACCCAAGUUAAGGAGUUUUGUAACACUUUCUACUAAGAAGCUAGCCAUGUUUAGUGAAAGGCACCUUCAAAAAAGACAAAUUGUGGGCAUUUCUGUCUUAAUUCUGGUGUGAGUCAUUCUGCUGUGUUGGCACUGGCACGAGCAGAUUCUUCUGUACCUUGUAUUCAUGGAUUUCAUACGUUGUUUAUACAACUGGCAAUGACAACAUUGAAAAAAUUGUAGUACCCUGUCCUCCAGAUAUUUGCUGAUAGAGAGGAAAUGUUGAAUUCUGAUAAUAUAUAUGCUGAUAAUCCUUUUGUGUACAGUAGCAUGUGAUUCCUAAGAAAUACUUUGCUGCAAGCAUCCUCAGUAUGCUUUGUUCCAAUCUAAUAAGGAGGUAACAAAUGCCACUCUCCCUUAUUAAGACUAGUUCUGGCCACUAGGUAGUGAUUAACUUACUCUUGUGAACUAGUGUUGCAGUGGAACAGAGAUCAUGCCAUUCCAGACUACAAGGGAGUUAUUUAUUGUUAUUGCAUGAAAAGGUAUGACUUUAAAGGAUUAAACUAUUCUUUAUUAAUAUUUGGUAUUUUUUUUCAGAUUUGUACUUUGGCUAAAAUUUAGCAGUAACAAGAAUUGUACACGCAGCACAAACAGAGAAAUGCAAGGUAGCAUAUUUGCAAUCAUAGAUGACUAAAAGAGUGGUUAAUAUUUAAGUUUGGAGGGUCUAACUCUUUUUAGCCCCCAGAAAUGUGGAAUGGAAAAAAUAUUGAUAUUUGAUUCAUACAUUGUUACCUGUUUCUGUGUUUAAUUUUAUACUAGAACUCAUUUGGAUGAAUUAAUAUUGAAGUCCCAUGGUAACAAAAAGAAAAAGCAUAAAAAACCAAAGCAAGCCCAAUGUGAGCCAAGAGCACAGCAGGGAGGUGGCAGGUGGAGGAUGCUCUUCCAGUGUGUGAAUUCCGCUUGAGCAAUUGGGAUAUACUCAACCAGAGGAAAUGACAGCCUCCAUCAGAGUGGUGCUUGGUAUUUGUACUUUACCACCAGGAAAUUUAUGAGAGGUCUGCAUUCAAAUUCCCUUAGGUAGAAGGCAGCUGCAACACCCCUUGGGUAAGAGAACUUCAUGUUGGAGAACCUGAGUUCAUCCUUCUGUUUUGUCACUCUCAAUUUGCUCAUUCUUGUUUGGUGUAUCUGAAGUCCUGGGACAGCAUUGCUGCUGGGGUAGGUUCUUCUGGUGUGGCUGCAGCAGCAAAGAGGGAGAUAAUCAGGUUUUUAAUUGCUGAGUGGAUACAUGAAGGAGGAGAGGCAGGAAUGAGGAGUAUUUCUCUGACCCUCCUUCCAGUUUGGAAAUUAAAUGGGUUCUGAGACUUUAAGCUUGAUACAGUCUUUUUCUCUCCAGUUGGGAUAUGGAGAGAGGAGAUUAUCGGAAUAUUCCUUCUUAAUUUAGCUCUUGCUAAAUUUAUUUGUGUUUGUAAUGAAUUUGUCAUUUUUUCCCAAUCAGUCUCCUCCAAUUUUGUAUGUGUGAAAACCAAAGCAGAAGUGCAGAUUUUUUUAAUGUGACAAUAUGUGAUUCAGGACAUAAUAAAUCAGAUGAAUCUCUCACUUGGAUGCUUUUUGCAGAUAUUGAGCACGUUUGUUUAACAUGUAGCUUCUAAUUACAGAUAUACUGCAGCUCUGACUUUUUUUACAGUUGCUGAUACAUGCAAAAAGCUUUUCUACUCUCAUAUCUCCACACUUCCUCACAUAAAAAUUACCUGUGAUGUGUAUAUGUCAUCAUAUGCACAUAAAAAAAAAAGAGGAAAAAUACUAAUGAGAAAAAAAUGCCUGCAAUCUGGCACUCUGCUUGAAACAAGAUUAAUGGCUGUGCAUUCGUAAGAGAAAAUUUCAAUUAGUUCUUCAUGUCUAUGAUUUAAAUGGGUAAGUUAUCACAUUGAUUAUAUCGCAAGAAUUCUGAUCUCAAAGUCUGGAGAAAAUAAGCAAUUGUUUUGUGUGACAAUGAGCACACCACGGGUACCUGUGAACUGACUUGUUGGGGCAGCCUGUUCUGUGGUGGCUCAGGUGUGCACAGGAGUCCAGGUUACAGUGAGAACUUCUGUCUUUGCUCUCCCAGCUCCUGAUCUCCAAAAACUUCCCAGCUUUUUUUACCUCAUUAAUGUCACUCUUGUAGCACUUAAUUGGCAUGGGUGUAAAUCUUGAGUUCUGGGUGGACUCCUGAGCCCAUCUGUUUUGGUUCAAUAAAAUGUCACAAACUGGGGUAUGCAUGUGUUUCGCAAGGCCCUUAUGACCUAUUUGAACACAGAAGCAUUAUCCUGACUGCUGAAUCUUCAUAACAACGUCUGUUCUUUGCAGGACUCCUAUUCUGAAUUAUUUUUUUAAUGCAAUUUUAUCAAGAAGUAACAUUUUAUUACUCUUCCCUAUCUUCUGCAGUCUCUACUCAGCAUAGCUCUGUUUUAUUAACAUCCUGCUGUUUACAAGAGACAGCAACUAAUACGUUUUCAUUGUGAGCUCUUUCUAUUGCCUAUAUUUACUAAGUAAUAUUUCUCUUGCUAUGCAACACUUCGGGGCUUAUGCCUUGUGGACACUGAUAAUUAGAUGUGCUGCUACUUAUCCAGGGAAAAGAAGAAAAUAAGUUAAUGGCACUCUGUAAUGUCUGAUUAUAAAACUCAAGUUCCCCUGCAGUAAGUUUGUUCAGAUGGAAGUCUGUGCUGGUAAUGCUUUCUGACUUAGUGGUUGUGUUGGUGAACAUACACGGCAGUAUGUGGAAUGUACAAAUGUAUAAAUAUGUUGAUUUUUAAUAAAAAAAAUAUUUUAAUUGUG